GCCUUCGCCGGAAGCCCGGGCUCCCUCCUCGCCUCGUCCUCGUCCUCGGACACCUCCUCGUUCUCGCUUCCAUCUGUCCUACAACCAUUAUCUGCGCCAUCGUCGCCCUCAACCCGUGCAUCCGUGCCAGAGCCAUACCUUCCACCAGCCAAGAAGCAUCGUUCCUUGGCGACCGCCGCCGCGCCGCGCGUCGAGUAGGACACCCGCGCACCGCGCACCCUCAACGCUCACAGCGCACCGCGCACUGGCGCCACCACUUCUCUCCCAUCCCACCAACAUGGCUGACCCUGUGGUCCACCUGGGCAUGGAGCGCGAGCCGGAGCGGGCGGCUAAGCUCGCCCGAUUCAUGGCUCAGGCGGCGGCAGCGGCCGAGGCAUCCGAGGCGGCGCAGGCAGCAGAAGCAGCACAGACAGCAAAUGCGACCGAUACAGCAGGUGGAAAUGGCACAGGCGCAAGCGGUGGAGAUGAGGGCUCCGGCAGUGCUGGCGCCGGUGCGAUUGCCGGUGAUGGCGAUGAGACGGCAAGGCUCGUGGCCAUCGGCGAGCAAGAUGAUAUCUACGCCGAAGUUGGCGACGAGUACGAGGUCACGGCCACCGAUCACAUCAACGCCAAGCUCCUCUCCUCCUUCAAGUCAUUCCUCGAGACCGGGAACCAGCCGGCGGCCAUGACUGUUGCCUGCGAGAAGGGCAAGGACGAGGGCUCUGCCGACGACUCGUGGGACGACGAUGAUGACGACUUUUGAUCGGUCCCUCCCUCCUUCUCUUCCUCCCCCUUUAUCUCAAGCUGUCGGGCGAGAGAGUUGGUAGUCGAUCCCAGCCCGCCAAACACAUCUCACCACAUCGUUGCCGCUAGCGAUGGCAUGACGCAACCAAGCCG